AUGGCGGAGUCACUGAUUCAAAGGGCUUCGCGUCGCGCAGAAGCUGCCCGUGCAGCUUCGCAGCAGGGUAGCAGACAUUCGACGCCUGUGCCGAGUUCUCCACUUGCUCCGCCUGAGAACUUUCCACCUCGACUCAACCGUGACAACAGCACUCCCGACUUUCCUCCUCUGACUCAGCCACGCUUCCCACUUUCAAGCGUGAAGAGCUUCGGAGAACGUCUUGCCAAAGAUGCCAGCCUCUCUGCCGACAGUGAAGCAGAGUUUAGACGAUACUUCGAGACCUCGAACAAGGACGAACGUGACACCAUCGCGUUCAUGCAUCUCCUUCAGACAAAGGAUAUGGUUCGCGGCUUAGUUGAUACGGCCGGGAGUCACGAAGGUGAAUGGGCUCCGGAGACGUCACUGGCUAAGAUCUGUCGGAAAUACGUGUGGUCUAUUCUCUGUCUCCCGAAUCUCACGUAUUAUGGUGGAACCAUCGAAACGGCGAUUCUGACGACAUUGACUCUCAUGAAAGUUAAGCGUGUCCCGGGCGUUGAUUCAGAGGAAUAUGGUCUCUUUGUGACUUGGUUGGGUCGCGCAGUCAGUGUGAUCCGCUCUGCUCUCAAGGCUGAGGGAGGUAUUGACUGUCUCUGCUUGUUGCAGCUCCUGACCGUUCUACAGAUUUUGAAAUCGAUCAAACUCAAGAACAAGGAGAUGAGGAACAUUGCUCAUCUCUGCGAGAGAAUUCUGAAACAUGCUGACCCAUCUGUCUGUGCAACGCGAUUCACAUUCAUGCGGAUGGCAUAUCUGCGCUACCACGUGGAACAGAAUCAUCCCGUGAAGCAGCACUGGGACAUACUCGAUAGCGAGAUGAAUCAGUUGCGAGACAUCGGGGAUAUGGACUUUGUUGCAGCUCUCGAAGAAGCUUAUGAAGACGACAUCGAGAAGUAUGGAGAUCCUGUGACCACCAAAUGCAAAAUUGGCACAUCGGCCUUAGCGAAGGAGUGUCCCGCUUGGCUGAUCACUCUCUCGGCACAGGCAGCCAAAGUCCAGCGCUUCAGCCGAGGUCAGAAGAAACGCAAGCGCCAGGAACUUGAGGAGGAGGAGGAGGAGGAGGAGGAGAAUGGGACACGUCCUUCAUCCCGAGGUGCAAGCCUGGUACCCUCUGAGUUUGGUGUUGCUUCUGGGUCGAGUACUUAG